AAUCCGGACCACACAUUUAUUAAAUCAAUUAACAAAAUAAAAAAAUGGCUUAACAGGUUAACGGUGGCUCUCCCUCUUGACUCUCUCUCGCUCUCCAUAUCUCCUCUCUGGCUCUCUCUCCCGCUCUCCCUCCUGACUCUCUCUCGCUCUCCAUAUCUCCUCUCUGGGUACUGGCUCUCUCUCCCUCCCACUGACUACCCUUCGAAGACCUCACUCCGACGAUUUCCUCCGCCAUCCUCCUACAUCUCAAUCUAUCGUGAUUUCGCAGGACUAUCGUCUCUGUCCCUCCCACUACUCGUUCUGGUUUGACGACCACACUCGGGUGACCACUCACUCCGACGUCCUCGCUAGCGUGAUAAUAUUAUGGAUCAGUUCGAUGGUGGUCAGGGUGGUCAUGCAAAUGUCCACAAUGAUAAAUUUAAUUCUAGCAGUUAUAGUAAGAAUGACAUUCUCGAGUAGAAAUUUGAUUCAGAGGAUGAUGCACAUGCCUUCUAUAAUGCAUACGCUAAGGAAAUGGGGUUUAGCAUACGGAAAGAUAGGUUGAAAGUUGACGAGGCUAAUGUGCCUCGUAAGAGGAAAUGGGUAUGUUCAAAGCAAGGUCGAAGAGCAAAAAAACAUUUGGACCGUAAGGAUUGGAAAAGACCCCCCCGGGAUGAAACUAGAGUUGGAUGUCGAGCUACUUUCAGCAUCCGAUAUGAUAAAGGAGUUGAAAAAUAUGUGGUGACCCACUUUGACGAUGAACACAACCAUCCAUUUAUAGAGAAACGUUGCGUGCCUUUCCUCCUCUCACAUAGGUGUGUGAGUGAUGCGGUUAAAGCUUAAACAAAAGCUAUGCACAAUGUCGGUGUGAAGACAUGUUAGAUCAUGGAUUUGAAGGUCAAUGAAUCAGGGGGGUACGGGGAUGUGGGCUUCACUCUGAAAGAUCUGCAGAACAAAAUUGAAGUUGAGCGUAGAGUAGAACUCAAAGACGGGGAUACAGAGGGUGCUUUGGGUUACUUAUCUGCGAGAGCCAAUGCCGACCCAUUAUUUUUCUUCAAGUAUACUGUGGAUGAGGACAACCGGCUAGGUAAAUUGAUUUGGGCAGACUCGAAGUCUCGGAUGGACUAUGCUGCUUUCGGUGAUGUACUGAUAUUCGACACAACCUAUCGAACUAAUGCAUGUAAGAAACCGUUUGUCAUUUUAGCUGGCGUGAGUAACCAUUUUCUUACGACUAUUUUUGGUUGUGCCUUGUUGGUUGAUGAGACAUUUGCAACAUACACAUGGGUGCUGGAAACCUUAAUGGAGGCCAUGGAUAACAAACGACCUGUGUCCGUAGUGACAGAUGGUGAUAGGGCAAUGCGUCAGACAAUUCAAAAAGUCAUUCCGGAUUGUAGGCAUCGUCUUUGUUUGUGGCAUCUGUCGCGAAAUGACGCGACAAAUAUCCACAAACCUGAGUUUCAAGAAGAUUUCAAGCGGUGUAUGCAAAUGGAUUAUGAAAUAGAUGAGUUUGAAAACGUUUGGGAUCAGGUGGUGAAACGGUACAAUACUGAGCAAAAACCUUAGGUGUUGGAGACUUAUAGCAAACAUUCUUUAUGGGCUCAGGCAUAUCUUUGUGGCUAUAUGUUUGCUGGGGCAUCGAGUACACAGUGGGUAGAAGGCAUGAAUGCCUAUUUCAACUAGUUCUUAAAACAGAGACUAAGGCUAUUUGAAUUUAUGGUACAUUAUGAUAGGGCUUUUAGG